AUGUGUGUGCAGAUAGAGAGGAUGUGGAUCCAUCACAGACGUGUUUACUCAGUCCAAACCACACCCUGACUUCGUGCCUUUGCUCCGUCCUGACCGAUGCUCAGGUUGUUGUGUGCUCGUGGUUCAGUCGGGUUCUGGAGCAGACGGAGAGCAGGCAGCGGGACUCAGACGUGUCCCCUUUAGUCUAUCUGUGUUGGCAGUGCCUCGUCUCCUCCACACUCGGACUCUGUCGCUGUAUAACAGCCUGUUAACGCUGCUCCAGAUUCCAGCCUGUCUCCUAGAAACCAAACAAGCGCUCAGUGUUCGUCCUGGCUUCAGGUCAAAGGUCACAGGGCUGUUCCGCUGCAGACAGGGAUGGAGCUGCUGUUCCAUCAGAUGGAGCUCUGUUUGAGUCUCCUCCCCCUGCUGCUGAGGGCGGCCCUGUUUGUCCAAGGGUUUAAUGUUUAGCCCACGCGGCUCAGGUGGUGGCCGUCUAUAAACACAGAUCUAUAAAACAGAUUCGCAGCUCAUCCAGUGUUUUAGUCUCUUAUGGAUCCAGCAGCUUCGUCCUCAGACUGAAGAUGGGACCUCGAACAGCAGUCUCUUCCUCUAAGGAGGUGAAGUCAGCUCCUGCAGCGGGACGCGGAGCAGCCCGACCGCGGAGCUGCAGCGACGGGAGCAGAUACGUGAGGAGGGGAGCGUCCUCCCCCUCCCUGACGCUCUGCAGCCCCAAGUCAGUCCUGAAAAGGCCUGUGAGCACAGAGGAGCUGCAGCGACCAGGAGGCCCCUACGUUAAGAAGACCGUCACCGUCGUGGGCGACGCCGUGGGCUGGGGCUUCGUGGUGAGGGGGGAGCGGCCGUGCCACGUCCAGGCCGUGGAGCCCUGCGGUCCGGCCGCCGCUGCAGGGGUGAAGGUUUGUCAGUUUGUAGUUUCAGUCCACGGCAUCAACGUGCUCCACCUGGACUACCGCGCCGUCAGCCACCUGGUUCUGACGGGCCCCAGGACGGUGGUGAUGGAGGUGAUGGAGGAGACCAGCUAGUGAGGAGGAGCAGUAUGUAUGGACGGAAACAGGUGAAGUAGGAAUGAGGCUCUGCUCAGACUCCUACUAACGUGUGAGGUUUCCCACACACAGUCACGCUGCAGCUCCGGUUCUGGAGCGCACGCUCUGUGCUGCAAUAAAAGUCUGCUGGACCCGGACGACUCCCAAACCAAACUGGAAAACUAAAUGAGUCAAAUAAAUGUGGGUAAGAUCCCUUUAUUUGCAGGUUUGUAGUCAAACUGAUGCAGUAAGUGACAUUCAGCUGGAAAACUGGAUCCACGCGAGGACCUGGCGGUUCCAGAGGUUUGUUUGGCUGCAGAUGUUUGGUGCCGGAGGCCGCUGGGUCUCCGUGUGGAUGCGCUGGUCCAGAAUCAGCUGGCGUUUGGACUCUUUACCUGCCCUCCCUCACACCUGCGCCUGGAAACGCCCGCUGCGUUUGCUUUUCCAUCCACUCUGUCCGAACCUCUGUGUCCUUUUCCACUUUUGUGUACUGUUUUUGAUGGUGUGUUCAGGUUCAGUAGGACAGUCUGCCGCUGGCUCUCUGCCAUUAGUGCAGUCACAGUUUGAUGCUAUGUCUAAAAUACCACAUGUGGAACAAUUUUAUCAUCUAAAAUACAAAAUAAAAUAUAUUUAAAAUGUGAA